AUGCCGUCCACCCUGCUGCAGCAACGGCUCACGGCCCUGCAGGCAUCAGAGGAUGACCGCGGCGGGCCGCUGGUGCCACUAGGGGACGGCGAGGCGCGGUCGUCGGUGGAUGCGUGGCUCAACCCGCCGCGCGAGGAGCUGCCCGACGACUUUGAGAUGCCCAUCUGGGACCACCUGGACGAGCUGCGGGAGCGGGUGCUGGUGGGGGCGCUGGCCGCCGCCGCCGCCGUCCUCACCUGCUUCAUCUUCUCCAAAGACCUGGUCGUGUUUCUGGAGGCGCCCGUAGCGGAGCAGGGCGUGCGCUUCCUGCAGCUCUCCCCCGGCGAGUUCUUCUUCACCACGCUCAAGGUGGGCGGCUACGCCGGCAUCCUCAUCUCCGUGCCCACCAUCCUGUACGAAAUCGCCGCCUACGUGGUGCCCGGCCUGACCAAGAGCGAGCGCCAGUUCCUGGCCCCCGUCAUCCUGGGAUCCUCCGUGCUCUUCUACCUGGGCCUGCUCUUCUCCUACGAGGUCCUCACCCCCGCCGCCCUCAACUUCUUCGUCUCCUACGCCGACGGAGCCGUGGAGUCGCUCUGGUCCAUCGACCAAUACUUUGAGUUUGUGCUGGUGCUCAUGCUGUCCACCGGCCUCUCAUUCCAGGUGCCUGUGAUCCAGGUCAUGCUGGGCCAGCUGGGGCUGGUGACGUCGGAGAUGAUGUUCAGCCAGUGGCGGUAUGUGGUGGUGGGCGCCACCGUGGCUGCCGCCGUGCUGACCCCCUCCACAGACCCCUUCACCCAGACGCUGCUGGCGGUGCCGCUGGUGGGCCUCUACAUGGGCGGCGCCUCCUGCGUGCGCCUGCUGGAGCAGCGGCGGGAGAACCAGGGGGGCAUAGGCGCGUAG